UUUCUAAACCCUCAACAAAAUGACGACUCCCUUCGGAGCCCAGAUGCGAGAGCACUUCCUCUUCGACACUAACUUCAAAAACCUCAACCAUGGCUCCUUCGGCACAUACCCACGCGCCGUCCAGAUAGUCCUCCGCCAACACCAACACUCCGCCGAGGCCCGUCCAGAUCUCUUCUACCGCAUCACCCGCGCCCAAGGCAUCGACGAAUCGCGCCGCAUCGUAGCCAACCUACUCAACAUCCCCGUCAACGAAUGUGUCUUCGUCAAGAAUGCCACCACAGGCGUCGGCACCGUGCUCCGCAAUCUACGCUUCCAGAAGGGGGACGCAAUUGUCUACUUCGACACUAUCUAUGGCGCUGUUGAAAAGGGUUUACACUCCGUCAUGGAGGCGAGUCCUGUGACCACCCGUAAGGUUGAGUAUCAGUUGCCCAUUAGCCAUGAGGACUUGGUGAAACGGUUCAGGGAUGUGGUGAGCCGUGCCCGAGCCGAAGGGCUGAAUGUGAGGGUUGCGGUGUUUGAUACUAUCGUUAGUAACCCUGGUGUACGGUUCCCGUUUGAGAAAUUAGUGGAGGUUUGUCGGGAUGAGGGUAUACUCAGUCUUGUGGAUGGGGCGCAUGGCAUUGGUCAUAUCCCGUUGGAUUUGGGGUCCUUGAGACCCGAUUUCUUUACUAGUAACCUGCAUAAAUGGCUAUUCGUUCCCCGCGGCUGCGCAGUUCUUCAUGUCCCGCUGCGCAAUCAACAUCUCAUCCGCACCACAUAUCCGACUUCUUGGGGAUAUAUCCCCCCUCCCGCAUCUGGGGAGAUAGCCCCCACCGCUACGCAGGGUAAGUCCGCCUUCGAAUAUCUCUUCGAAUACGUCUCCACAACCGACGACACGCCAUGGCUAUGUGUCCCUGCGGCCAUGAAAUUCCGAACUGAAGUCUGCGGCGGUGAAGACCGCAUCUACGCCUACUUGGAGACCCUGGCGCGCGAGGCCGGGGAUAUCGUAGCCCGCGCCCUCGGGACGGAGGUGAUGCAGGAGCCCGGGCUGAAGGAGGGAGAGACGAGUCAGCUGAGGAGGUGUGGGUUGGCUACUGUGCGAUUGCCGAUUGCCGUAUCUUCUUCUGCUACUGCUGCGUCCGGUCAUGGUGGGGGUGCUGUUACGAGGGUGCAGGGUGAGGAUGGGACUUCGUAUUUGCGGAUUCAGUCGUCCGUGGUGUCCACCGUGAGUACGUGGUUUCGGGAUACGUUGUUUGAUCGGUACGAGACGUUUGUGCCGGUGUUUCAGCAUGGGGGAUGGCUGUGGACGAGACUGAGUGCGCAGGUUUAUUUGGAGAAAGAGGAUUUUGAGUGGUUGGGAGGCGUUUUGAAGGAGUGUUGUGAUAAGGUUGAGAGGGAGGUUGGGGUUUCUCCGAAGCUGUGAUCUCUUAUUAUUCAGAUUCAUUUAUAGAGUAAGUCUAGCUCUGAUAUUACUUUCGUUGCAACGAAAUGUCAUAUAACUCAUACACCCCCAUUCUAGCCCAACAAAUCUACUCCAAUCUAUAUAUAUACUACGUACCUACUCUACUAUAUGAUAUGUACAACACCACACCUACACCUACACCAACAUAAAAACCUACUCCCUCCUCCAAACCCUCCUUCCAUCAAACCACGUCUCCC